UUAGUAUUGGGUGGGUGCAUCUAUUUCUAUUGAAUAUGAAUAUGCUAAGCAUGGCUUGUGUGGGGAGUAGUGUAAGCAGUAGCAUCUGCGGAGUGGGAAUAAUUAAUGCCAACAGAUUCAGCACCAGAAGAAGGGGAGUGAGAAUACAAGCAGAAAAGAGCAUGGCCACAGAGAUAGCGGGAGUGAAGGUUAUUAAGAACCCUCCUGAAUCUAAACUCACUGACCUCGGCGUCAGAUCUUGGCCCAAGUGGGGCUGUCCUCCUAGCAAAUUUCCAUGGACAUACUCUGCCAAAGAGACAUGUUACUUGCUGAAGGGAAAAGUGAAGGUUUACCCUGACGGGUGUGAUGAGGUGGUUGAGAUAGGCGCAGGCGACUUGGUUGAGUUCCCCAAAGGAAUGAGCUGCACUUGGGAUGUUUCUGAACAAGUGGACAAGCAUUAUAACUUUGAGUAAAUGUGUUGUAGUCUCCAGACCCUUCUUGUAACAAAUUUAUGCAUCUAGUGCAGAAUGUUUUAAUUAGACAGGUUUCUGAUGCAUGCUGCGUAAGUGUAUAAGGAUUUUCACCAGAUUAGGGUAAUGCUAUUGUCAUUUAUACAUUUCGUGGUCAUUGAGGUUUAUCUACUAAUUUGUUGUAUGCUA